UAAACGCUUCCGGUGUUUAAGGUCAUUAUGACCUGAUAUUUCUCGCACUGGAUCCUAAAUCGCUCAUAACGAUGGAAUUGGUGGACAGUUUUCUGUAUGGUCGUUAAUAAUGUUAUCAGCGUUACUUUUUAAAAACGCCAGAUACCAGUAAAAAGGAGCUUUGGCACCUUUAUCCGCUUGGAUAUUACACGCUUCAACCUGAGCAUGUCAAGUCCACCGCCGCUACCGGAGCAGUCGAGUCCGGUCACACCGCAGAAGACUGAGAAACCGCUGUUUGGGGACUGCUGGAGCUGCCGCGUGCUCUCGGGCGGUGGACUGCUGGCUUCAGGGGGGUAUGUGGGCAUGCAUGGACGGAGAUUCAUGCGUCAAGGCGGACCCGCGUCUUUGGGCACAGUGGUUCAGAUUAUGUUUGCAGCAGGUUUGGUUGCCUGGGGCGUGGUGGUGAUCUUUGAACCAGUGGGGAAGACGACAAGAACUGCAUAGCUUCGCAUUUGGACUUUUGAAUGAAUCACCAAAGCCACAUUGGCAGAGUUAUUAAAUUCAAAUAAUUAUGAGGAUGUAAGGACAAAUGAUUCAAUCUUAUUUCAUUAAAAGUUUUUAUUUGCAACUUACAAAA